CAGCUUUGCAAGGGUCGGGUGAUUGACAGCCCGUGCGGCAGAGGCUGGGUGGAGCCGCUGGGUGGGGUCAGGGACAGGCGGCUGGGUGGGGAGCCAGCGCCGAGCGGAGAAGCGGCUGAGCCGGGUGGCCGGAGAGCCAGCGCCCGCCGUGUGCCCGUAUUAGCCCUGCCGGGGAGGCCGGUGGGGCAGGAGUCUGGGGGCGCCGCCCUCGGGAUCCCCUCCGCGGCCGACCCCACCCAGCCACCCCCUCCCGCCGCAGCUCGGAGGAGGCGCGCGGAGAGAAAAUGGAGUUCCAGAGGCUGUUGGAGAGGAAGUGACGUGCAGCUACCUGUGGAUGCAGAGGCAGAGUCUGGAGAAGAGAGUCUCUGUUGACAGGCUGCAGGCUCGACCCACGGCAAGGCCUUGCUCAAGAUGAGCUCCUCGUCGCUGCUGGAGGAGAGCUCCAUUGAGCCGCCGGUGCUACUGAGCGACAUCAAAACGGAACCGCCAGAGGAGCUCCUGGCCAGCGACUGCAGCCAGCCCCAGGCCGAGCCAGUUGACCUGUCCCUCAACAAGCCCAAGGCUUCCCUGCAGACUUCCUUGCUGCUGCCCUCCUCCAUCCGCUCCUCGCCCAUGCUGGCCGCACCCCCUGUCCAGGCCCCCGUUGUCUCCAUGUCGCCCACGGGGCUGGGUUCAUCCUCGGCCAUCCCUGCGGUGCUUUCCCCGGGGUCCAUCCUGGCGUCCACCCAGGGCAGCAGCGGGCAGCAGAUCUUGCACGUCAUCCACACCAUCCCUUCCGUCAACCUCCCCAGCAAGAUGGGCAACCUUCAGACAAUCCCUGUGGUGGUGCAGUCCCUUCCAGUGGUGUACACGACGAUGCCGAGUGACAACGUCACUGCUGCCAUCACCGUGCCGCUUAUUGGUGGUGAUGGCAAGAAUGCUGGCUCUGUGAAAGUCGACCCAAGUUCCAUGUGUCCCAUGGAGAUGAACAGUGACAGUGAAGACAGUGCUGUGGAGAGCGGCCCGGCAUUCUUCUCAGACUUGCAGAGAGAGCCCUCAAUGGGACGGAUGCAGCUGGCAGAGUCUCCUGACCUGAAGAAGAGGCGGAUCCACCAGUGUGACUUUGAGGGCUGCAACAAAGUUUACACAAAAAGUUCACACUUAAAAGCACACAGGAGGAUACAUACAGGAGAGAAGCCGUACAAAUGCACCUGGGAGGGCUGCACCUGGAAGUUCGCUCGCUCCGAUGAGCUGACUCGGCACUUCCGAAAGCACACGGGCAUCAAGCCUUUCCGUUGCUCGGACUGCGACCGCAGCUUUUCUCGCUCUGACCACUUGGCUUUGCAUCGCCGGAGGCACAUCAUGAUGUGAGGGGGCUCACCCUUGACCCCACUGGCCAUGGAAGGAGGAGAACCAGUCCCCGCAGCUGGCUAAAUUCCUGCCUGAUCGUUGUGGCUGCUGUGGACAGAGCCCCGUUCCCCCUCCCGGUCCUUGCUAUCUACAGAACUUCAUGGAAAGAGCUGCAGCCCGAACUAGGACAAUGCCGUUCCCAGGGUUGGCAAGUGCUGGAGACUGUGGGCACCCGAGUGGCCAGACCUGGUGGAUGCAUCACUGGUUGGAACGGAUGGUUUGGUUUGCAGGGCAGUUGCUGCAGGGGAAUCUGGGUGAAGGCUGUGUCUGGCUCCUCCUUUCUCUGUGGCAGCUUUUGAGGAUUUCCCUGAGCUUCAGCCCCAUCUCUCCAGGAAGCAGUUUGGAUUUUCAUUCACUGCAGUCUUGAGUGUUCAACCUGCAGUUUCUGGUAGUGUAUAUACAUACACACAAACACAAGAAAACCAACCCUGAAGCCCUAGAAACUAGAACACAGGGGGGGGGAAACAAAACUUGGAAUGAAUUUUUUUUAAGAAAAAAGUUUUAAGGAGCACUGAAACAAAGUCUAUAUUUGAAAUCUAACUUGGUAUCCAGCUGUCAGUCUUCAAAUGCCCAAGAUUUGUUUGAUGCUAUUCAGUUCUUUUUGGGAAUUUCCAUUUUUGGCCCUUUAAAGUUUGCAAUUCGAUGUUCCAUUUGCUCCCUUCCCCUCCUCCCCCCAAACUGGUGACCUCAACUAUGCCGUGAAAAGCCUGGCUUCAGCAGAGGUUGCAGAACCUCCUGAGAUCAAUGAAAUUUCAGAAUUCGGCGAGUUUGAAUUUUAUCAUUUGGGGAAGGGGGGGCUGGAAAGGUGAGCUGUACUUAAUCUGAUGUGAUCAGGAUGCGGCAAGGACAGACCCCCUUCGGUGCCCGCUGCAUUCUUUCUUCCCUUUGAUCAUGUGGGUGGUUGACAAAGGGAGCUCCUUGCUCCAGGGAAGAUGAUGGGGGAGGGGCUGAAAACCACAAAAAGGGAAAACUUGCGGAACACAGAACUGUGACGACUCAACAGGUUAUGGGUGUAUGUGUGGGGGAUUCUGCAUUCUGCCUUCAUUGAUGUGGCAGGGGGAAAACCCCAGGAGCUUUUCCCAGCAUGGUCCUCUGCCCAUGGAUGGACUUGCGACUUUCUCCUCCUUUCAGAAGGCUGGACCUGGCAGCAGCUUUGAACUGCAGGACUUGAACUUGGGGUUUGGAGGUCUGAGGGCCGCUUUUGAUUGAUGGACGCAUGUUGGGAUUUUUAGAACUCGCUUUCUUUGUCCCUGCUCUUGAGGGGAGUCAAAUAUGAACAUGGUUUUCCAGAAAGCUG